AGUGCGAGUGUAAUGGCGGAACUGUUUUCUACUUUGACCUACAGAGAUCCACAUUGGCCACGUGAAGGCGUAAAAACAGCGUUAAUUUCUCAUCACUGAUGUUUGUUUAAUAUAUAUUUCUGUAAAUUAUGGCGGGGAUUGUAUGUCGCACCGUGAGCCGGAUCAUAUCCAGUCAGACUCAAUCGUCAUGCUGCAGUUCUGUGGUUGCUGUCAGACACAGUCACUGGUUUACAUCAGUGCUUUCACUGAAAACAUCAAUGCCUUUAAGAGCCGAGCCUAAGAAGAAAAAGAAGGUUGAUCCACGGCGAGAACAAAUGAUGAAGGAACGCCUGAAGAAGAAGCUGAAGAAGCUGGAGAGAGUGCCGCCUGAACUGAUUCCUAUUGAAGACUUUGUUACACCAGCCAAGUGCUUUGAUGAGACCAGGAUCCGCGAGGCUCCUCAACUCCCUUUUGAAGAAAGUGAACGCAGAGCUCUUCUGCUGAAGGAAUGGUCCAGAUACAAACACAUCCAGCACCAGGCUGAGAUGGGUGCUAUUAAGGAUGCGCUGGAGGCCCAGAGGCAGGCGCUGGAGGAGCUGAAACUGGAAUCAGAGGAGCUUUAUAAAGCAGCGAUCAGCCCAGAUACUGACAUGUUCCCCUUCCAGCAUCAGGGCCCCUGCUACACGCCUCCAAUUGAAAACUACGAGGCCCCAGACGGCAAAUACAACGACAUCACACGAGUGUACACGCAGUGAGGGGGCGCUAAGUGAAUGGACAGUUGAAUAAGUGUUUCAACUAAACUUGAAGCAGAAUAUCACUGAUGAUUAUGAUGAAGAACAGCUGGAGAAGAACGGUCAAACGUCAAAAUCAGGAAAACAGAUUAGCAAUUUAAUGAUGCAUUUUGUUUGAACGCUCCAUAAAAUAAAGUUACAACCGUAUAUUUGUCCAAACACAUUACAUUAAACUUGUAUCUGGGGUUUUAUGUCGAAUGCAAGAAUAAAAUUAAACCAUAUUUUACACAAA